GGAUUCCACCGGGCCUGGCGCCUAGUCAUGAUGUAAGCUCCGGUCGCCCGCUGAAUCGGAAGUGGGAGCCCUCCGGCCAGUGGGACUCUGUCGUGUGUCGUCGCCGCCGGCCCUUCAGGCUCUGCCCUUCCCCCAGGUCUGGAUGGAGGACGCUUUAAAGUGAAAUGACAGACCAGGAGAAUAACAACAGCAUCUCAAGCAACCCCUUUGCUGCUCUCUUUGGCUCUCUGGCUGAUGCCAGGCGGUUCGCAGCAAUCCAAAAGGAGCAGCUCAAGCAGCAGUCUGAUGAGCCCCAGGCCAGCCCAGACGACUCGGACAACAGUGUGUCGGAGAGCCUGGACGAGCUCGAUCGCUCUGCGGCUGAGAUCAGCCGCUCGUUCCGGUCACAGCAGGAGAUAUGUGAGCAGCUCAACAUCAAUCACAUGAUCCAGAGGGUCUUCCUCAUCACUCUGGACAACAGUGACCCAAACUUAAAAAGUGGGAAUGGUAUCCCCAGCCGCUGUGUGUAUUUGGAAGAAAUGGCAGUAGACCUCGAUGAUCAGGACUGGCUGGAUAUGAACAACAUUGAGCAGGCUGUCUUUGCUCGCUUAUUACUUCAAGAUCCAGGCAACCACUUGAUUAACAUGACUUCUUCUACAACGUUAAACCUCUCUGCUGAUCGAGAUGCCGGGGAGAGGCACAUUUUUUGUUACCUUUAUUCCUGCUUCCAAAGAGCCAAGGAAGAGAUCACCAAGGUCCCGGAGAACCUGCUGCCUUUCGCGGUGCAGUGCAGGGACCUCACCGUGUCCAACACGCGGACCGUGCUCCUCACCCCAGAGAUAUACGUUGACCAGAACAUCCACGAGCAACUGGUAGAUUUGAUGUUGGAAGCCAUCCAAGGAGCCCAUUUUGAAGAUGUAACUGAGUUUCUGGAAGAGGUCAUUAAAGCCUUGGUAUUGGACGAGGAAGUUCGGACAUUUCCAGAAGUCAUGAUCCCGGUGUUUGAUGUUUUACUGGGCCGGAUAAAGGACCUAGAACUCUGCCAGAUGCUGCUGUACGCAUAUCUGGACAUCCUGCUCUACUUCACGCGACAGAAGGACAUGGCAGCGGUGUUUGUAGAACACAUUCAGCCCAAGGACCUCAGCGACGGGCAGAUGUACCAGAAGACCUUGCUGGGGGUGAUCCUGAAUAUCUCCUGCUUGUUAAAGACUCCGGGUGUAGUCGAGAAUCAUGGCUAUUUCUUGAAUCCAUCCCGUUCCAGUCCCCAGGAGAUCAAAGUACAAGAGGCCAACAUCCAUCAGUUCAUGGCUCAGUUCCAUGAAAAGAUCUACCAGAUGCUGAAGAACUUACUCCAGCUCUCUCCAGAAACCAAACACUGUAUCUUGUCCUGGCUUGGAAACUGUUUGCAUGCGAAUGCAGGCCGCACCAAGAUCUGGGCCAAUCAGAUGCCAGAAAUCUUCUUCCAAAUGUAUGCCUCGGAUGCCUUCUUUCUGAACCUGGGUGCUGCUCUCCUGAAGCUGUGCCAGCCCUUUUGCAAACCCAGAUCCUCUCGGCUCCUCACCUUCAAUCCCACCUACUGUGCUCUGAAGGAGCUGGAUGAUGAAGAACGGAAAAUUAAAAAUGUGCACAUGAGAGGUUUGGACAAAGAAACCUGUCUGAUCCCAGCUGUGCGGGAGCCCAAGUUUCCCCAGAGCUACAACCUUGUAACCGAGAACCUCGUCCUGACAGCCUACGCCUUGUACUUGGGAUUUCACAGGUUGCAUGAUCAGAUGGUAAAAAUCAACCAGAAUCUGCACCGGCUGCAGGUCGCCUGGCGGGAUGCUCAGCAGAGCUCCAGCCCUGCUGCUGACAACCUGCGUGAGCAGUUCGAACGACUCAUGACCAUCUAUCUUUCCACCAAGACUGCCAUGACUGAGCCCCAGAUGCUCCAGAACUGCCUGAACCUGCAGGUGUCCAUGGCUGUCCUCCUGGUUCAGCUGGCCAUCGGCAACGAGGGCUCCCAGCUGGCCGAGCUGACGUUCCCUCUGCCAGACAGCUGCAGCUCCUUGGCUUACGUGCCGGAAUUUUUUGCAGAUAACCUGGGUGAUUUCCUCAUCUUUCUCCGCCGCUUUGCUGAUGACAUCCUAGAGACAUCAGCAGACUCCCUGGAACAUGUCCUUCACUUCAUCACCGUCUUCACUGGAAGCGUAGAAAGGAUGAAGAAUCCCCACCUGAGGGCCAAACUGGCCGAGGUGUUGGAAGCAGUGAUGCCCCACCUGGAUCAGACCCCGAGUCCUCUGGUAUCCAGCGUGUUCCACCGGAAGCGUGUGUUCUGCAGCUAUCCGUAUGCACCACGCCUGGCAGAGGCUCUGAUCAAGGUGUUCGUGGACAUUGAGUUCACAGGAGACCCCCAUCAGUUUGAACAGAAGUUUAAUUACCGCCGUCCCAUGUACCCCAUUCUAAGGUACAUGUGGGGGACAGAUGCCUAUCGAGAGAGCAUCAAGGAUUUGGCUGACUAUGCCUCUAAGAAUUUAGAAGCCAUGAAUCCCCCACUUUUUCUCCGCUUUCUAAACCUGCUAAUGAACGAUGCCAUCUUCCUUCUGGAUGAAGCCAUACAGUAUCUGAGCAAGAUAAAGAUCCAGCAGAUUGAGAAGGACCGAGGCGAGUGGGACAGUCUGACUCCGGAAGCCCGUCGAGAAAAGGAAGCUGGCCUGCAGAUGUUCGGACAGCUGGCCCGUUUCCAUAACAUCAUGUCCAACGAGACCAUCGGCACGCUCGCCUUUCUGACGUCAGAGAUCAGAUCACUCUUCGUGCACCCUUUCCUGGCCGAGCGCAUCAUCUCCAUGCUGAACUACUUCCUGCAGCACCUGGUUGGCCCCAAAAUGGGGGCCUUGAAAGUCAAGGACUUCAGUGAAUUUGACUUCAAACCCCAGCAGCUCGUGUCAGAUAUCUGCACUAUCUACUUAAAUCUCGGGGAUGAGGAGAAUUUCUGUGCCACUGUGCCCAAGGAUGGACGUUCCUAUUCCCCAACUCUCUUUGCACAGACAGUCCGAGUCCUGAAGAAAAUAAAUAAGCCUGGGAAUAUGAUUGUGGCUUUCAGCAACUUAGCAGAGAGAAUCAAGUCCCUCGCAGACCUCCAGCAGCAGGAGGAGGAGACCUAUGCAGACGCCUGCGACGAGUUCCUGGAUCCCAUCAUGAGCACGCUGAUGUCGGACCCUGUGGUGCUGCCGUCUUCCAGAGUCACUGUGGACAGAGCCACCAUUGCCAGGCAUUUGCUCAGUGACCAAACAGAUCCCUUUAACCGCAGUCCCCUCACCAUGGACCAGAUCCGGCCCAACACAGAACUGAAAGAGAGAAUCCAGCGGUGGCUGGCAGAGAGGAAGCAGCAAAAGGAGCAACUCGAAUAAAUACUGUGACCUGAACCAACCCAACCACCCAGCGUGUAGAUAAACAGUUGUUUGUCACUUCUCUUUGGUUCUGUUCCUUUUUUUCUUCCUCUUUGCAAAUUGGAGAACUGCUCUUGCUCAAAUCACGAUGAUUGAGAUUCCUAAGGACUUGCCAGUGCUCCCGGCUCGCAGACUGGUCACAGCGCCACGCUUAGACGUAAUCACUGAUUUUUACGCUCCAUUCUCUCAUCCUGUUCUUUCUUCUUCCCGUCCUACCUUAAAUGACAUUAACUCCAACUACAAAAACUUCCUGCCACCUUAGCAUUUCUCUUCCAAGGACUGCUCAGACAUCUUUGGUGAGCACUGCUUUUAAGUGUAUGAUGUCACAUGCUUCAGUGACAGCUGAUGUCAUCAGAAAGUCCUGUGUUACCAAGGUAUUGACUAGUCUUCAUGACCCAGACAUCAGUUCCUUUCCUUGUGACAGCUCUGUGUAACCUUCACCUUUGAGUACUUUUCAGUAAGAUGAUAGAUGAAAAGGAAACGUAUCACACAGUUGUGUUGCUGCUAACUCUUUAAUUUUGUGUUAUCUUGUAACUCAGAUACAGUGGAGGACACUCAUGGGGUUGUCAUUACCACAGAAAACUUAGCCCUACAGUAUCUUUAGAAGUGACAGGACAAACGCUGUUGACACAGUUCAAAGACUUGUGAGGUGAGAAGAAAGGAGGCCGUUGGGCCGUUGGGCUGAUGGGAUCUGUUGCUACAGUACCAGACUUGAGUAGAGGAGCUGGACGACAGACACCGUAAGCAGGAAAAAUGUCCUUUUAAGACACCAGUAUCAACAGUGCAUCUCAGUAUAUACGUACCAUGUGCUUUUCUCUCAGUCUAGUGUAAACUGAAUACCGCUUUAAGUCGUCUCUUCCAGGGGAAGAUGCAUGCAGCGUGGCCAGUGACACACUUCUCUAGACAGAAUUCUGAGAUGAUGAAAUGUAUAUAGUUAACAUUAGGGCUUAUGAUCUGAAUUCCAAGAACUGCUUCUAACUCAGCUUUCGGUUAGCAGUAAACAGAGAAGGAAUCUGAGGACAGCUUUGUCCAGACCAUUUUAAAUAUCGGCUUAGCCCUGUGUAGUUAGCAGGUGGGUGGGCCCCAUGUUUACAAGUUGAGCUUGAGUUCACUACUUAGUUGUGCAGCUCAACAUGCUAAGUAAGGCACAUUCCCCUGGGGACUGUCUGUAUCACUGUCCCCCUAAGCCCAAAGAUACCCUCAGUGACAAGAAAAAGGGUAUGAUCUGGAAACAGGUCAUUGCUUCCUUUAGAGGACAUCAUUAACCAUAGCGUCAUUCAAAUAAGAUGUUUCAUAAUCCAAGUUUCUGUCGACAGCUCUUGAUAUGUUUUUGAUGGUAUCAGCUGGAAAACCACAAAUCAGAGGACAUCCCACACUAGAUAUUACAGAUGUUGCCUGUUCUGUGCUUAUAAACGAAAGGGAAAGUCAGGUGUGCAAAUGCCAGCACGUUGUUAGAUCAUAAUUCGAUGCAGUCCUGGGUCCUGAAGGCUUGGCAGGAUUCGUUUAUUUCUUAAAAUAAGCUUCAUGUCAUGUCAUGUUUAUUAUCCUCCUUUAUUGAGAAUGUACUGUGUAUAGAAUAAGCUGCUACCUACUCGCCUUUAUCUUCCAAACCCAAUAUGAUAGGAUGUUUUCAUUUCUAAAAGAAGUGAAGGAAAGACCAGAGUUUUAUAGGAGAAAAUCGGAGGGAAAAUGGGCACAAAACCUCAGAAGGCAGCUAUUCCCAGUAGCUUUCUACUCAACAACCUGUUCGUCUGUAUCUAUGUCUAUAUUCCACUAUGUGUUUAGUCGUCAGAUUGUAAGCCUUUUCUGGAAAGCUUUUGUGUGUGUUUUAAAGCCCUUUUCCUGAAACUUAUGAACGGCUAUAGCACCAUUAAUGCUGCUGAAUGUCUUUAAACUCAUUACAAAGGCAAGUUCAUAGCUUAAGGCCACUAUUGGUAAGGAAACCAAGUGGUUUAAGAACAUCCAAAAAAUGAGACUAAAAAACUAUCAUUUUGGUACAAUGCAGUGCAUGUAUGCACUUGGAAGCUUAGAGGUGUUCUGUUACCUGGAACUCAGAAGCAGUUAUAGUGUAUGGGAGCAGACCUCCCAUAAUCCCUAGUUUUUGGUGUUGGCUUUGCUGGAGUAUGAUAGGAAAAUGAAGACUCUUUAAUCAUCUCUAAUAUUGCCUACUAAGAGGGUACUACUAAACUUGGGAAAUUAGGUAGGGUUUAUCAAGCAAUCUGGGUUUUUUUAAUGGAUAUAUAAAACCUAAAAGGAAUGUUAAAAGAUUCUUUAAUGGUGCGGGUAAAGGUGCCAGUUGCUAUUUGGUAUCACACUCUACAGACGCUUCAUUACUGUAUUUGAUGCUGGUUGCUAAGCAGCCGAUGUGCAGAGCAUAAGUCUCCUGGGGUGCCUUUACCAGCCAGAGGCUGAUGCUGCACGGUGGGUGACAUGAGUAAAUAAUGUAUGUGCUCGAACUGCUAAACAGGAAAAGAACUUAGAAACAAAAAGAUGAAGAACAAAACAACAAAAAGGUUGAUUGAAAUAAAACUUGAUCAACGUAAACUGUAUUUUGAAACAUUCCAAGAAGGUUAUUUCUUGUCAAACUCACCUG